AUGUGGGCUGGGGAAGUAAAAAAAGAUAUAGAAACUUUGAUGGUUCAUACAUAUCCAUUAUGUAAGUAUAGCGAUAUGCCAGAGGAAAUAAAGCAAGAAGCUAUAGAAACUUGUGUCACUGCUGUAGAAAAAUAUUCAGAGGAUUAUGAACAUGCAGCUCGCAUGAUCAAAGAUAAUUUAGAUAAAAAAUUUGGACCACCUUUCCAGGUAGUUGUGGGAGAAGCAUAUGCAUGUGCAAUUACGUAUCAAGAAAAAUCGAUGUUAUAUAUCUUUAUUGGAGGUAAUAUAGCAGUUCUUGUAUGGAGAACGGUCACAGAUUUUUGACAAGUUUUAGAUUUGAA